UUGUCAUUAAAAAACGAACGAAUCGCCGUCCCGUUUAAUUGCCGCAACUAGUAAUUUCCAGUUCUGUCAUUCUCUGUUUUCUGACCUAAGCUGAUCACCGUGUAGUCCGCAGGCUAAACGUCGAUAGGUGAAGAGCAAAUGUUAUUUUAGGACGGGCCAAGGACAAGAAGAGCUGUCAGGACGAGAAUAACUUCAAUGGCUGCAUCUAAAUGUACACGACUCACCGGUGCCUUGACCAGACAGUUACUGGACUCCGUGGACAGUGUGUUGUUCGACUGUGACGGCGUGAUAUGGAGAGGGGAUCAGGCCGUUCCUGGAGCCCCGGAGGUCAUCAACUCAUUGAAGAAACGUGGGAAGCGGGUGUUUUUCGUCACGAACAACAGCACUAAAACACGAAAAAUGUACGCCGAUAAAUUAGGCAAGCUCGGUUUCAACGCCACCGAGGACGAGGUGUUCGGUACGGCGUACUGCUCAGCGAUGUACCUCAAAAACGUAUGCAAAGUCGAAGGGAAAGUUUAUUUAAUUGGGAGCAAUGCAAUGAGGCAAGAACUUGAGACGGUGGGGAUCCGGCCAGUUGGUGUGGGCCCUGAUCCCAUCUCAGGGGUCCAGUUUGACUGGGCGAAUGUCCCUCUAGAUCAGGAGGUCCAAGCUGUGCUGGUCGGAUUUGACGAACAUUUCAGUUACAUGAAGCUAAACCGAGCUCUGCAGUACCUGUGUGAUCCUGACUGUCAGUUCGUGGGGACCAACACAGACACGAGGCUGCCUCUGGAGGAUGGCAAAGCGGUCCCGGGAACAGGAUGCCUGCUAAAGGCGGUGGAGACAGCUGCACAGCGUCAGGCUCAAGUGGUGGGAAAGCCCAGCAACUUCAUGUUCGAGUGUGUGGCCAGUAAGUUUGGUCUAGAUCCAGAGAGGUGUCUAAUGGUAGGAGAUAGGCUGGACACUGACAUUAUGCUAGGCUCGAACUGUGGCCUGAAGACCCUGCUGACCCUUACGGGAGUUUCAACUGUUGCGGAUGCAGAGGCAAACCAGAAGAGCGAAUGCCCACAUCGUCAGCGAAUGGUGCCUGACUAUUAUAUAGACAGCAUUGGUGAUAUUUUACCUGAACUACAGGCAUAGACGUCAGUUUACUUGGGAUCUGGCCACUUAAGAAGAGAAUAUUUAAGGGUGUCCUAUGGAACAAAACAACCUAUUUUAACAUUACAGUUGAGAAUUUUAUUUAACUAUUAGAGUUAAUUUUUUUACAAAUUGAUGCAAUGCUAUUUUCUCAUUCUAAUCUCUUUGCUUACUGUUAUUUGUAAUCAUUGUGACUCCAUACACUCAAAAUAUAUAUAUAUAUAUUAG